AUGAUAAAACGUCAAAUUGAAGAAAUCGAAGCAAACAAUCCGGCCAUAGCACGAGUGAGUUCUGAAUUAGUAAAUCCACCGUUCAAUUUCAAUCAAAAUAUCAUCGGAAAGAGCUGUAUUGCGAAGCAGAAGAAGCAAAUAACAAGGAAACCCAAAUCAAAUAAUAAAUGGCAGGUCGAGUUGGUCCAUAACGAAAGCCGUACGAUUGAAUCUCGAGAGGAGGUUCUUGAGGCCAGAGAGAGAGAGAGAGAGAGAGAGAGAGAGAUGGGCAAGAAAAGUUACCAGCCAGCAAUGAGUGCGUCAGAAUGCAUAAUUCGUGAUGCUAACAAGCAAAACAAGAAGCAAAGGAAAACAGGAAAGUAG